AGUUCACCGAUCCAUUUUAAAAACCGGAGCUUCGAACAUGUUGGCUUUAUGUUUAACUAUUCUUACGAUAGGUUUCUGUACUCUCGUGCACCGAUAUUUGCAUUGGAGUAGAAGAGGUAUUAAGCAAUACCCAUUUUGGAAAAUUUGGCUAAACAACAUUCGCGACUUUAUUACACAACCACCAUUGACUGACGCCAUGGUGCGAGCUCGUGAAGAUUUUAAAAAUGCACGAUAUAUUGGAACUUACCAAAAUUUCAAACCGAGACUGUGUAUAGAAGAUCCAGAACUGAUAAAACACGUGUUCGUCAAAGACUUUGAUUACUUCGUCGAUCAUAAUGUUUUUUUACCAUAUGACGGCGACACGGUUUGGGAGAAGAGUUUAUUUAAUUUAAAAGGUGACGAUUGGAAACAGUUACGUGGGUUUGUAAGUCCCACGUUUACCAGCAGCAAAAUUAAGCUAAUGUUCCACACAAUUUUGGAGUGUUCAGCACAAGUGGUCGCGUCUUUGAAAAAAAGCGGAAAAGAGAUUGUCGAGUUUGAUGUGAAGGAACUUUUUGGACGAUUAACCACCGACGUCUUCUUCGGCACGCAUUUUGGAAUUCUUUGCAAUUCUGUAGAAGAACAAACUAAUGAAUUUUACACGAUUGGCCAGAAAGCCACCAAUUUUCUCGGAUUUUGGUUAAAAGUCCGAUUCAUUGUGAUUCAGGUGUUUCCAAUAGUAGCGAGGGUGUUCGGUCUACGAAUAUUUGAUCAAAACGUAACCAACUUCUUCCGGUUACUAGUUAAAAACAACAUCAAAUCCAGAAAAUCGCAACAAAUCGCUCGUCCAGACCUGAUAGGCAUAAUCAUGAAAUCGGAAAAUAACCCGGAUAACAUCGAGUUGACCGACGAGAUACUAACAGCGCUUGUAGCCACAUUUUUCGGUGCCGGAUUCGAUACCGUCUCCUCGGCAUUAAUGUACACAUUUUAUGAACUUUCCUGCAACAGCGUUGUUCAACAAAAAUUGCUCGAUGAAAUCGAUGCCAAUAAAGACAACUUCACGUACCAAACGGUGAUGGAAAUGCAGUAUUUAAAUAUGGUCGUGUCUGGUAAGUGCAAAUUAGAACGUUGCAGCUUUGGGCACGUUAUACAGGGUUAUUCUAAAUGAUGGACCCAAUUUAAUAAAUUCGUAUUUAUUUAAGUAUAAAUGCAAAAUGAACAAUCUACAUACCAAUGGAAAGAGGAAGUUUCAAAGUUUUUUUUACAUAUUUAUUUCAGACGAAAUGCCCGCUGCACUGUAACUUGCGACUCACUUUUAGCAAACUCAAGAACGCAGAAAACCUUGUGCUGCACGGUAGCCAUCUCACUCACAACUGACAACACAAAGGCGGCUGGCUGGCGCGAGAACUCUAGCGGCCGUUUCUGCAUAUGUAAAAAAAACUUUGAAACUUCCUCUUUCCAUUGGUAUGUAGAUUGUUCAUUUUGCAUUUAUAUUUAAAUAAAUACGAAUUUAUUAAAUUGGGUCCAUCAUUUAGAAU